AUGAUGAUUCAACAAUUUCAACAACAAAAUUUAUUAUAUCAGUCUGCAUUAUUAAAUACAUUGACUAAAGAAGAACGAGCACAAUAUAUAACACAUUAUCUUCCAUAUGGAGAUAUUAUGAAAUCAGAUGUCGAACGUGAAAAGAAAGUAUUAGCUUUAGAGAAUGGAAAGGAAAAUGCAAGUAAAUUACGUAUUUUUGGUUAUAUUCAUCUAUUUGCAGUGAUUAUAAAACAAUCAAUGAUUCAGCUUCCUUUUAGAUUAUCAAGUAGACAAAGUUUUACAUUAAUGCUUCGUUAUUCAGUGGAUUAUCUAGCUGAUAAUUUAAAAGAUAUAAAUAAAGAUCUUGGAAGAAAAUUGAAUUCAAUGAAUAUGAAUACAGCUUAUCAAUUUUAUUUAUUAUUGAAUAAUAAUUUGGAUAAUAAACAACAAAAAACAUUGAAAAUAGAAUUACAAGAUAUGCUUGACAGUAUAUUAAUUGAAUUAACUGAAAAAUUGUCUGAGAAACCAUUAUUUGCAAUGAAUAACAAUUCAACUAUUUAUAUGAUGUUGAAAAAGGAUCAAGUUUAUCCGAAAAACUAUUUUAUCACAAUAGAAAAGACUCAAAUUAAUUUAACUGAAACAGGAAUGAUACGUACAAUAACUUUAUAUGAAACUAAAAUACUGAUAUUUGGUUUAGUAUUUCUUCGAGCUUUGAUUGCAAAAUUAUUUCUAGGUAUGGAAUUAGGCUUAUCUACUACAGUAAUGACAUCAAAUAAAACAUCAAUAAAUAAUAAAUUACUUGGAUCAAUUUGUACUUAUAUUUAUCGAAAAAUUAUGGUUGACAUUAUUAGUGAACGGACUCGAACUACAGACUUGCCAAUACCAGGCGAAUUACAAAAUAUGAUUUUUAAUGAUACCGAAAUGAAACAAAUCUACGGUAUGAUUGGAAGAAGAUACUUGGCAAACUUUAUCGCAAAAUGUAAACGUUGGCUUCAGGAUUAUGGUAGAAGAAUAUUGACCUUGUAAACCAUACAGCAACGUAUCAUACCUCAUUAUUACAUAAUGUGAAAACAAACUAUUCUAAUAAGCUGGAUAACAAACCC